AUGGCUACAUGGAUUCUUGUUUCCCUUCUCGCGGUUGGGCUGUCGUUCUUGUUUUCAAGAGUAUGCUGGUCAAGGACAAGGCGGCCGAAGGAACCGCCACUUUUAAAGGGCUGGCUGCCUUUCCUUGGUGUGGUACUGGACUACGGUAAAAACCCGCUGGGCUUCCUGCAAGCAGCUCAGCAGAAAUAUGGCGAGGUCUUUACAUGUAAACUGGCUGGGAAAUACUUCACCUUCGUCACAGACCCUUUCUCCGUUUCAACAGUAAUGCGGCAGGGCAAAAACCUAGACUUUCACAAGUUUGCCAUGGGUUUCUCUCAGCGGGUGUUUGGUCAUGCUGAUUUCACAGCCCCAAUAUUUAGUGAAAGCUACCGUGAGGUGCACUCCCUCUUCAGACAAACUUUACAAGGCCCCCCUCUACAGCAGCUCACCCAGAACAUGUUUGCUAAUCUGCAGACAGUUUUAUGUGACUCCAUGCCAGAUGAGUGUGGCUGGAAGGAGGAGGGGUUACAGUGCUUUACCAAUCGCAUCAUGUUCGAGGCCGGGUUCCUUACCAUGUUUGGAAAGAGGGCAGGGCUUCUACAGCCGGAGGGAGGGGUAGCUGUUGGGACACACAUGCAGAAGGCAAAGCGGGAUUUCUUGGCCUUUGACGGGGCAUUUCCAGCACUGGCGGCUGGCGUGCCCAUCGCUCUGUGUAGGCGAGCUUGGUGGGCGAGGGAAGCAUUAGCUGAGGAGCUGCUGCACGUGAAGCUUAAUCAUAGGAUGUGCAUCUCAGACCUGAUUCAGCGCAGGAUGAACGCCUUUGAUCGAAUGCACUUGGAUGAGACUGGGAAAGCACGAACACAUGUAUGCAUGCUCUGGGCAUCGCAGGCCAACACCUUGCCAGCUGCCUUUUGGAGUGUCUACUACACGCUGAGAUCUCCAGAAGCUCUUGCUGCAGCUCGUACCGAAAUUGAUCGAAUCUUAAAUGAGUGUGACAAACCAAUAAACCUCUCCAAGGAGCAGCUGGACUCAAUGAGUGUGCUAGAGAGUUUAAUCAAGGAAGCUUUACGUCUGUCAAGUGCCUCCAUGAUGAUCAGAGUUGCAAAUGACGACUGCAUUCUCACACUUGACUCCGGUCAGACAGCAGCUAUAAGAAAAGGAGAUUACAUUGCUCUCUACCCCCCACUCAUACACCAGGACCCUGAGAUCUACCCCAAUCCCAUGGAGUUCAAGUAUGACCGUUUCCUGGAUGAAGGAGGUGAAAAGCGGACAUUGUUCUUCAAAAACGGCAGACAGCUAAAGCAUUUUCUUGUGCCUUUUGGUUCUGGUGCUAGUGAGUGCCCAGGCCGUUUCUUUGCCAUUAAUGAGAUAAAGCAAUUUCUCAUGUUGGUUCUUUGGCACUAUGAGUUACAUCUGACUGAGCCAGAUACUCCACUGUCACCAGACCGUACCCGUGCAGGCCUGGGCAUUCUACCACCCUCAAAAGAUGUGAUACUGAAAUACAGAGUGAGAGCAAACAGAGAAAUAAUCUAAUAAAAUAAAUAUGAUGUGUAGAUUUGUAAACAGGAUAAACACCAAAAGUCCAAAACAAAACUUUAAUAAAGUAUUGCGUUUGGCUGCUCUGGUUAGGCUUCA